AUGGAAUCUGAAAAUAAGAAUGAAUUUGAAGAAUUACCGUCUUUCGGUUACGAAUUAGGAGACAUUAAUAUUGAAAAUACUAGUGAUAUUAAUAAAAAUAUUAAUUCAGGCGAAGAUUAUAAAGAACUUGAUUUUACAACAGACAAUAAUGAAGAAUUAUUUGAUCUGGAGAACACGACAGGUAGAAUAGAAGGAGAGGAAGAAGAGACAUUUGAUGCAUACUUUAAUCUUGGUGAAAAUGAAGAAGGAACCAUUCCAUCGAUUCCAUCAGGAGAAAAAAAUAGUACAGUUCAGACAAGGAAUGAAAAAAAUGACGACAUUUCAAAAGCAGAGAUUGAAAAAGUGGAGAUCUCAGAAGAUGAGUUACUAGAUUUUGGUAUUGAAGAAGGUAAUGAAAUUUUUCUUGACGACGAUUUAGAAGAAAAUCGUGACGAUAAUAUCUUCAGCGAACAAGAAGAAACCGGAAAUAAUGAUCAAGACAUUAAUUCCUCUGUUGUUCCUAUAAAGAAUACUUAUUCACGAAAAAAGAGAGAUAAUCGAGCUUUAUUCUCAGAAGAAGAAAAGGAAGAUGGUUCUCUUGAAAAUUUUAAUAAUGAAGAAUUAAAUUAUCUUGAAACAAAUCUCAAUGAUAAAGAAGACGACGGUGAAGAAGAAACCAAUUACGAAAUAAAUUUGGGACUUAGUGAUGAUGAUCAAAUCCCUCUGGAAAAAACGAAUCAUAAUUAUAAUAAUGUUUUGAAGAAAAAAGUUUCUCUUUCACAAAAUGAUAUGUUGGGAGUUUUUACGGAUGAAGAUUUAAAUUCAAUUCAGGAGAAAAAUAAUGUAGAAAAUGAGACAGACAAUCAAAAUCAGACAGAACUUCAAUAUGAAGCGAACAAUCAACAUAUCGAUUUGUCACCUGAUGAAAUGUUGGAUGAAAUCAAAAUUCUUGAUGCUGGAGAAAUAGAAAAAAGGAAACGUAGACCAUAUGAUGAUAUUACUAAACCUCAGGCAACUUUUCAACCUGGUUCUACUCCUAUGAAAAACAAUCGUCAAUAUUUGGUUAUAAAUCAAGUCGGAAGUAUUUCUACAAUGGAACACGAAGAAUUUUCAACUAUUACUGUAGAAUAUAAUGAUCAAUCUCAUUAUCGUGGUUAUAACCUUAAAGAUGAUUAUAAUUAUUCAAUGGCUUGUUUAGAUAAGUGUGGAGCAUUGUUCUCUACUGAAUCUGUUGAAGUGGAACCGGGUAAAUUUAAUCUUAGCGUAUUAACAUAUAAACCACAAGAAACUUGGGAUUUCGAAAACGAGUGGACGAUAACAUUUCCUCAGGCUAUUGCAUUAAGUUCUGAAGGAAUAAUUGCUGCUACUUCAAAGGAUCUCUUACGAUUCUUCUCUCUACGUGGUGUUCAGACUUAUGUUUUUAACCUUUCUUCAGUAGUUUCUAUGGUGGCACAAAAUGAAUUUGCAUUAAUAGUCUAUCACAUGGGACCUGGAUAUAAAGGAUCCCAAAACCUUGGAUACAUUUUAUAUAAUCUUCAUAAUGAUGAAAUCGUGCAACGAGAUCAUUUGCCAAUUUCAAGAGAAUCUAUUUUACAAUGGAUAGGUUUCUCUGAAGAAGGGAUGCCCGCAUUGUUUGAUUCGAAUGGUGUUCUUAGCGUUUUACUUCAUCAUCGUGUAGUUAAUCAAGGUAGAUGGGCACCUGUACUUGAUACUUCUCUUAAUCGAAAAGAAGAAGAAAAAGAUUAUGUUUAUUGGCCUGUUUGGCUUGCUGAAAAUAAAUCAAUUUGUUUUAUAUGCAAGAAUGGUGAACAAUAUCCUCGUAUCCCUCGACCCAGUUAUGAUGAAAUUAGUUGGCAAAUUCCACUUUUGGAAAUGGAUAAACAAUUCCGUCAAUAUGAAGAAAAGGUUAUGAGAUUAACUAUGAUUACAAGAUUCGAAUUUGAUGAAGCCAAAGCGAAAAAUACACUUGAACAAGAACGAGAAAAGAUUAGACAGAAAAAUACAGAAAUAGACAAAACAUUAUUAGAAUUAAUAAAUUUGUCAUGUAAAGAGGACAAACUUCAACGUGCAUUAGAUUUAGUAAAGUUAUUAAGUACAGCAAAAUCCCUAGAUUUAGCAAUCAAAAUUGCAACUUUUCACAAAAAGUCAAUAUUGGCUGAUAAGAUAAAUCAACUUAAAGAGAUUGAAUAUUAUUAUUAUUAUUUUAAAUUAUUGAAAUUUAUUGAAUUUACUGAAUUUAUUGAAUCAUUUAUCUCAUUCACCAGGAUUGAACAAUCAACUUUCGAUUCAACGUCUUAUCAAGAUUUUACUAGUACACCUGAUAUUUCGAAUAAUAAUGGUUCUAAUCAGAUGAUUACAGACGGUUCGAGUACAGAAAAUAUUCGUACGGUUUCUAAACGACGUGCGCAAGAAAUGGAUGAAGAAGAUGAUGAUUUAUACUUUGAAGAGGCAUUUAAAUCUAAAAAAUCAUCGACAGCAAUGUCUAAAAAAAAUCCGUUUCUCAUAAAACCUACUGGACCAAUAAUAAAUCCGUUUGCCGUUUCGAAUGAACCUAACACAAUAGAUGGACCUGAAAAGAAGAAACCAAAGAUUAUCAAAAAUAAUAAUAAUAAAUCGGAUGUUCAGAAAAAGCAAACCAAAUUGGGUGGUCCUUUUGGAACUCUUAUAAAACAAGGGGAACCCGUAAUUCCCUUGCCCGAAAAUGUUGAUGAUGUAGUAAUAGAUGAAUUUGGCGAAAAAGAUAUUGGAGAAUAUAAUCUCUUUGAUGAUGAUCAGACAGAAACGCAAAACAUAAUGGACUUUGACUUUGAACAAUCAACACCUGUGGAUAAUGAAAAUGAUCAAACUCAAUUAGAUUAUGAGUAUGAUCAACUUCCUGUUCAAUCAAAAGUUGUUAAAAUAUUUGUUAAGUCAUUUGGUUUAGUUUCUUCUUCUUGA